AUGGCUAGUGGCCAGUUCUCUGGCAGCCAGCAAGGGGAUGCCGCUUCUUCCCUGCGCAUUUGCUCCCCCCAUCGUAGAUGGUUCAGCCACGCCCGGUGCCUUCCCUUGUCGACUCGGAACGAAUGGGAAGAAGUGAACCCCGACGCCGCUCGCCAAGUUCUUCAAGUCCACGACAACAUCUUCUCCAACCGACCCGCCACCAUAGCCAUCAGCUACCUCACCUACGACCGCGCCGACAUGGCCUUCGCUCACUACAGCCCCUUCUGGCGCCAGAUGCGCAAGCUCUGCGUCAUGAAGCUCUUCAGCCACAAGCGGGGGGAAUUGUGGCAGUCGGUGCGAGACGAGAUGGACGCGGUGGUGCGCACCGUGGCCAGCAACACCGGCAAGCCGGUGAAUAUCGGUGAGCUGAACGGAUCUUCUAUGAGGGCGACGGAGAUGAAUGGGAGAGAAGAGGCGUUCCGGGUUGAAUGGCCAAACCGUGAGAGCUGA